AUGAUGCCAACAAGGAAAGCUCCCGAUGAACAAGUCGGUCAGUUCGGCAACACCUCAAAUGAACAUGAGACCGAUAAUGGUCGAACGUUACAGUGGACUAAUGGGUUAGGAUCAUCAAACGCUUUCAUUACAUUGGUCAGUGAUCCUACAAAUUCAGGAGAUGGAACAGAAUCAGGAGCUGUUUCAACAAAUGUUUGGCAUAAUAGUGAUGCCGCUGAUGUGGAUUUUACUGACCAAAGCAAUACGCAACAAUUACUUGUUUCUACCGAAAAAGCUACUGAUGUCUUCUAUUGCGUUCAACGUGAUUAUAGUAACACUGAUGAUAGUACAAACAAUACUCAUAGUGAACAUGCUACGGUAACGGCAAUGUUGUUCGGUGAUCACAUAUACUCACCUUCGAAUUUAAUUACUACGACAUCGGUAUCAUCUGUUAAACCUAAAUUAGAUGUUGUGAUCGUGGGUGGGAGUGCAAAGUCACUGUCAGCUAUAGAAGAUCAGAUGGCAAAAAAAAAGAAUAAUAUGGGCAGAUGA